AUGGUUAAGAUAGUGGUAGUAGGAGCUGGAGUAUCUGGUUUAACCACUGCUUUAGAGCUCAGUAGAAGAGAUUCCACUUAUAAAAUUACAGUUGUAGCCAAGAACUUACCUGGUGACAUUUCUGCUGAUUAUACAUCGCCUUUUGCAGGAGCUAAUUGGCAUUCUUUUGCAGAUCAUGAUGAUAAGGUGAUGCAAGUGUACGAUACCUAUGGGUACAAGAGAUUGAUGGAUCUUGGAGAGAAUGAUCCCAUGAGUGGAAUUGUAUUGAUGGACAGUUAUAAAUAUUUCACUGAUUAUUCCGUGGAAAAAGAGGAUACUGAAGACCCUUGGUUCAAGAAGUUGACGGGUUUGAGACCUCUUUCUAAGAAGGAAUUACCACCAGGAGUUUCUAAAGGUUACAAAUUCAAAGGUCUUACUAUCACGCCAACCACUUAUCUUCAUUAUUUGUACUUGAAAUGUUUAUCUUUGGGAAUUGUAGUUAAGAGGGUGGCGGCAAUAGAAGAUAUUCUGGAGGCUUUGAGUUUACAUAGUUUAGGUAAAGCUGAUCUAGUUGUCAACUGUACUGGUCUUUUGGCUAAGCAUAUCAAAGGAUACAAUGAUACAAAGGAACAAUUCGGUGUUAGAGGUCAGAUUCUUCAUGUAAGGAAUAAUUGUUCCAAACAAUUUUCAGUAUCUCCCCAUGAUAAGGCACAAGAAGAUAGCCACGAAUCACUUUAUAUCUUCCCCAGGAAGGAAGGAGGUUGUAUAAUCGGAGGAUGCUUCUUAAGAGAUUACGAUCAUACCAAAGAAGAUCCAGAAUUGACCCAAAGGCUCAUCAAAUAUGCUGUGAAGUAUGCCCCAGAGUUGAUAGAUCCCAGCUACAAGAAUAACCCUGACCAUAUCGAUAUUAUCAACGUCAAUGUGGGUCAAAGACCUUUCAGAGAUGGCGGCGUCAGGGUUGAAAUUGAUAGUGAACAUAAAUGGUUGAUUCAUAAUUAUGGAAUUGGUGGUAGUGGAUACCAAAGUAGUUAUGGUUUGAGUGCUAGAGUAUGUCAAUUGGUUAGGAAGUCAUUGAAACUGAAUAGUAAACUUUAA